CUCCGGCUCACACUUAGCUAGAGUUGGUGCGGUGUGCAGGAUCUUAGGUUAAAAAGAACUACUUUUAGUGCUUUUACGGAUUUUAUUCUUCUACCUCCGUGGAUUUUCAAAAGAUGCUAUGAUGUCUUCGUUAAAAAUCGAGGAAUUUUGUCUUAAAAGUAUGGGCACGUUUAGCGACUAAGUUGCAAAGUAGUUCCCUUGAAGUUUUUUUCCGAAGGCUGCAAAGCGAAUUCCCAGUUUACUAUUCUACUACCCCAGCCAUCAUGGCGAGGCGGGCAGGGGGAGAAGGAACCGUGAUUUUAACAAGAAUUCGCUUCACAAAAUGGAAUAAGCACUCGAGACUUCAGUGUAACUUCAUGGCUGUUUUUUUUAGCUUUGUGGCAGUAAUGUCAUUUUGUGGCGCUGAAACUGAGUUUUCGAUUUUGGAAGAGGCACAAGUUUUAGCAAUACAAAUGAAGAAACUGUCCUCGCAAGAGCUUGGAGUCUUCACCAUGCAGAGAAUCUUCAACUCGUUUGUGUACACAGAGAAGUCAUCAAACGGAGAGGCAGAGGUGCAGCAGCUGGCAAAGAAGAUCCGGGAGAAGUUUAACCGUUACUUGGACGUGGUCAACAGGAACAAGCAGGUAGUUGAGGCAUCCUACACAGCCCACCUGACCUCCCCACUCACCGCCAUCCAGGACUGCUGCACCAUCCCCCCUUCCAUGAUGGAGUUUGAUGGGAACUUCAACACCAACGUUUCCAAGACGAUCUGCUGUGACAGACUGUCCCCUACAGUCAACAGCAGAGCCUUCAACCCUGGACGAGACCUCAACUCAGUGCUGGCAGAUAACCUGAAGUCCAACCCAGGCAUUAAGUGGCAGUACUUCAGCUCAGAAGAGGGCGUGUUCACAGUGUUCCCCGCCCACAAGUUCCACUGCAAGGGCAACUAUGAGCACCGCAGCAGGCCUGUGUAUGUGUCGGCGGUGCGACCCCAGGCCAAACACAUUGUGGUGAUCAUUGACCACGGCAUGGCCAUCACAGACACACAGCUCCAGAUCGCCAGAGAUGCUGCUCUUGUCGUCCUCAACUCCAUAGACGAACAUGAUAAGAUAUCCAUCCUGUCAUCAGCUGAGGCUGUGCGUGCCUGUUCUCUGGACCAGUGCUACAAAAGCUACCUGUCUCCUGCUACCAGUGAGACCAAGAGGAAGAUGGGCACAUUUAUCAGCAAUCUCAAGGCCUCUGACAGCCCUACCCAGCAUGCACUCGGCUUCCAGAAGGCUUUCCAGCUCCUCAGGAACACCAGCAACAUCACUCGCCAGCUCACCAACACAGACAUGGUCAUCGUCUACCUGUCGUCUGGCAUCACAUCUGGAGAAGCGUCAGAGCAUGAGAAGAGGGACACACUGCGUGUGGUCAAAGAAGAGAACCGCCACCUCAACAACUCAGUCAUGAUCCUCACCUACGCCCUCAUGAACGAGGGCGUGACCGGUCUGAAAGAGCUGGCGUUCCUGCGCGACCUGGCCGAGCAGAAUUCGUUGAAGUAUGGCGUACCGGACCGCUCAGCGCUGCCCGUGGUGAAGGGGAGCAUGAUGGUCUUGAACCAGCUCAGUAACCUUGAGACCACCGUGGGCCGCUUUUACAUCAACCUGCCCAACCGCAUGAUCGACCUGGCCCGCUUCAGCCUGGCGUACCAGGACCCCAUAGGAGAUGCAGGUUUUAUCAUAACAGUAAGCCGUCCCUGUUACUUUGGCAACUUGUUGCUAGGUGUGGUGGGAGUAGAUGUGAACCUAGCCUACAUUCUAGAGGAUGUCACCUACUACCAGGAUUCCCUGGCCUCCUACACCUUUCUAAUAGACAACAAAGGUUACACCCUGAUGCACCCGUCUCUCACGCGUCCCUACCUGAUGACAGAGCCUCCGCUGCACACAGACAUCAUCCACUACGAGAACAUCCCAGGGUUCCCCGCGGUACGGGAGAACAUCCUCCGACUGCCCCUGGGUAGUCAAGUGAUAUCUGUGCCCACCAACUCCUCGCUGUCAUGGCACACCAACCGACUUCGAGACCCCAGCAAGGAGGCCUACAAUGUCAGCUAUGCUUGGAAACUGGUCCAGGACACAUCCUUCAUCCUGUGCAUAGUAUACGUCCAACCAGAAGUACCGGUGAAACACCUGAAGAACCUGAACACUGCUCCCAGCUCCAAGCUUCUCUAUCACCGUCUGGACCUCCUGGGACAACCGUCCUACUGUCUGCACUUCAAACAGCUGGCUACCGUCGAGAGUCCCACGGUGAUGCUGUCUGCGGGGAGUUUCUCCUCUCCCUACGAGCACCUCAGCCAGCCGGAGACCAAACGCAUGGUGGAACAUUACACUGCCUAUCUCAGUGACAACACCCGCCUCAUAGCCAACCCAGGCCUCAAGUCGUCGGUCAGGAACGAGGUGAUGGCGACCAGUCACGUCACAGAUGAAUGGAUGACACUCAUGGAGAUGAGUAGCCUGAACUGCUACAUUGUUCGCCGUUACAUAGCAACGCCCAAUGGGGUGCUGCGGAUUUACCCCGGCUCACUCAUGGACAAAGCCUUCGACCCGACCCGCAGACAAUGGUACCAGCAUGCCGUGGCCAACCCAGGCCUCAUCACCUUCACCGGGCCGUACCUGGAUGUGGGGGGCGCCGGCUACGUGGUCACCAUCAGCCACACCAUCCAUGCCUCAAGUUCUCAGAUGGCCUCGGGUUAUGCGGUGGCUGUGAUGGGCAUUGACUUCACCCUGCGCUACUUCUACAAGGUUCUGCUGGACCUCCUCCCCAUCUGCAACCAGGACAAGGGCAACAAGAUACGGUGUUUCAUCAUGGAGGACAGGGGUUACCUGGUGGCCCACCCCACCCUCAUCGACCCUAAAGGCCACGCCCCCGCCGAACAGCAACACAUCACGCACAAGGAGCCUCUGGUGGCCAACGACAUCUUGAACCACCCCAACUUUGUCAAGAAGAACCUGUGCAACAGCUUCAGCGACCGCACAGUCCAACGCUUCUACAAGUUCAACACUAGCAUCAUUGGGGACCUGACCAACCUUGUCCACGGGAGCCACUGCUCCAAGUACCGCCUCACCCGUAUCCCAGGGACCAAUGCGUUCGCCGGCAUCGUCAACGAAACGUGCGAUUCGCUGGCCUUCUGUGCCUGUAGCACAGUGGACCGCCUCUGUCUCAACUGUCACAGGAUGGAGCAGAAUGAGUGCGAGUGUCCCUGUGAGUGCCCCCUGGAGGUCAAUGAAUGUACUGGCAACCUUACCUAUGCAGAGAACCGGAACCCCAGCUGCGAGGUGCACCAGGAGCCCCUGUCCUUGACGGUGAUGGACUCCAGCCUACAGGACACUCUGCCCCAGUGUAUCAACACCCGCUGUAGCCAGCGCUUCACCAGCAGUGACUGUUUCGGUGUGCUGGACUGUGAGUGGUGUAUGGUGGACAGUGAUGGGAAGACCCACUUGGAGAAGCCAUACUGUGCCCUGCAGAAGGAAUGCUUUGGGGGCAUUGUGGGGGCCAAGAGCCCCUACAUGGAUGGCAUGGGGAUGCUGGAUGAGGAGGUGGCGUCUCUCAACAUAAAGAGUGCUCCAGUAGGGCCGGUUGCCGGGGGCAUCAUGGGCUGCAUCAUGGUGCUGGUGUUGGCCGUCUAUGCCUAUAGACACCAGAUUCACCGACGCUCCCACCAGCACAUGUCCCCGCUGGCCGCACAGGAGAUGUCGGUGAGAAUGUCUAACCUGGACAACGAGCGAGAUGAGAGGGACGAGGACAGCCACGAAGACAGGGGGAUCAAUGUUUUCCUGUCCCGCCCUGCAGUCAGCAACACCCGGUUCAUCGCGGCCGUAAUGGAGAGACACACCCACAGUCCUGAGCGCAGGAGGAGGUACUGGGGGCGGUCAGGAACGGAGAGUGACCACGGCUACAGCACCAUGAGUCCCCAGGAGGACAGCGAGAACCCGCCGUGCAACAACGACCCCCUGUCGGCCGGCGUGGACGUGGGUAACCACGACGACGACCUGGACCUGGACACGCCCCCGCAGACGGCGGCGCUGCUCAGCCACAAGUUCCACCCGUACCGCCACCCGCCCCAUCACCACCCGCUGCACCUCCACUCGCACCACCUGCAGGCCGCCGUUACCGUGCACAGCGUGGACGCCGAGUGCUGAUCCCGAUCCUCCCCCUGGCGUCGCCGCUCCUCCACCCCCCCCACUCCCCCCGCCGGCCCACCUCAUUGCUUGGCUACGUCACUACACGCGGGCCCUGGACAUCACCACCACUACACCACCACCUCCGGACUUCCCCGCCCCCCACGUGCUCCAACUGGGCCCGGCCGUGGGGAGGGGAGGUGUGCUGAGGGAGAACAGGGAAGUAUCCUCGGGACGAUUGUACAUUGGCGGGGGGAGAGUGGGCGGAGCCCUGCUCAGACCGUGUUGGGGGCCAGGUGCUGCUGGUUGUGUUGUACAAGGGUAUUAAUAAAGUGGUUUUCCAGUUUUUAACAAGAAAAAAAAAAAAGGCUAAAUGGAUUAUUUUUCUACUAUUUAUUGAAAUGGAUUUGAACUCUGGACUUUGCGGUUAAGAGACUGGCUGAACACGGACCGCAGAAUGCGUCAGCUGCACUCUCCCUUGACUUUCUGUUGAGGUCACUUCCUGUGUCACCAUAACCAAGAGGAAGUGGUUUUUCAGUGGAUAUGUGACUCACGUUAUCAUUUAGAUACAUUUUCCGUUGCAAAUCAUUGGGGAGACGAGCUCUUUCUGUUGACAGGGUGAACUGACUGCAAGACAUUCAGAAACCCAGCUAGCAGUUUAACCUCGAACCUCCUGGGUGUCUUGCUCACCUGACCAUCUGUCUAGGAUUGUGACCGGGGGUGCUGUAUCACUGAAUAAGGUUUGUCAUGCCAGGACCUUGGCAGAAGGACAGACGCGCAGGACGUGCAGUGCCCGCACUUGGGUGCCCUGUUAACCUGGUUGGUCCUUCUGAGCCUGGCUGACCAAGCUACGGCCCACUCCGACUCUCUCUGCCCGAAUGGGACCUAUCAGAGUUGAGCGAGUGUGUCUCUGUUUGAGACUGAGAGCUGCUGUAGCUGCAUACAUCUUUAUGUUCCUUUGUGGUCAAUAACAACAGAAGAAAACAGUCUUCUGUACACUCUGCGCGUGUGUGUGUGUGUGUGCGCGCGUGUGUGAUAGAAUGAAGGUCGUCAGAGCAUACCCAUUGAAGUCAUUAUUACAUGUUCUAAUUGUUUGAAAGUGUAAUUAGCGAAUAGAGUAUUUUUGUUUUAAGCUGUCCAGCUGAUUUUUCUGAAGUCCUUUUAGCCCUACAGUAUGACAGUUUGUUUUUAUGUGAAUCAACUGCAUCAGUCAAGUCAGUUAAUGGUUUUCAUUUAGUUUGGGUAAAGAAGGUUAUUUUCUGAGCUAAACAGUAUAAAGUGUACAUAUGUUGUUUUUUUAAUCACAAAUAACUAUUAAUAUGUUACACUCCAUAUUUUAUGUUGAAAAUGAAAUAUUGUGUUUUAAAAAUGUUCAAAAUGUGGGUUUAUUUUGAUAUGUUGAAGUUCAUGGUAUCUGUCAGAAUGUGCUCUGACACCUUGAAUGUUUCUAGGUCUACCUUUCUUUAGGUCCAUACUGGAUGGAAGACAGACUGAGAGAGCUGUGUUUUACACACUUAAAGUUGGAGCUCAAUUGGCUAUAAAAGCAUCAUCUUUUAAUUACACGUGGGUCAAAUUGGCACACAAGAACUUAAACUGUCAGGAAGAGAUUUUAUUUUUGAGUGCAGCAGAUCUUUCUAUUUGUUAACUUGGGUCAGUUCUAGGAAGGGCAUGGGUCAAUUUCAUUUCACUCACAUUUACUGAGACUGAAUUGGCCUGAAUAAUCCCCAUAGUGUUUUUUUACAUCUAAUUUUGAUGGGAGAGAGUGUAAACACUUAACUGUAUUUACCAGCUGUGUAAGCAAGUAUAAUCUUGUGUAUACCAAACACUAUGAAUUGCGUUAUUGUACUGAAGGAACUUCAAUGUGUGUACACCAUUCCUUUUUUCCAGUGUAACAUAUGCGGUUAUGGAGAUGAUUUAUUGCAAUGUGAAUGUGAUAAAAGUCCACGUUUCACUUUGAA